AUGUCGCAGAUAGGAUACCAUAAGGCUCAGUUGACGAAGGCUUUGAACGAGUUGCGCAAGAAGAUCGCGGAUACGGACAAGAACAUCACGGACCAAUUAGAUCCAGGUACGGAUGUACAGGCGAUAGCUGAGCGUAAACAACGCCUUCUUGUUGUGUCGAUGUCGAUUGAUCGUGCUGUCUCUUUUUUAAAGAAUUGUUGGGUUUUGGCACAGGAGUUUGCGAUGGAGCAUCCCGACGAACAGGGAGAACUACCGCUCCUCGUAGCCUUCCAGUCUCAUUGGGAAACCAGUGGGAUGGAACUGGCAAUAGAGGAUGCGCAGAUUCUUCUUGAUCGCCUGGACGUCGCUCUCAAACUUCUACCGCCAUCAGAAGUUGACUCGUAUAUUACUCCUUGUGUUUAUGAUGCUUCUUCUGUUGUUGGUUCCUCUUCCUCUUAUUCUCCUUUAAUUUCUUCAUUAGUUCCAUCACAACAAAAUUUGGGUUUGACCCAUCGCUCGAUGUUAGACGCUCCGGUGAGUGGACGCACUCAUCCGGAAGGUAUUGAGGACAGUCCAUUAGGUCCCAAUACAUCUACAUCGCUCGAUCCUCUAGUCCCUGCAAGCACUGUUGAAACACAGCAGCAGCUGCAGCCUGGGAAUAUCAUCCCUUCUACCGACCCCUACAAUACUUAUUCUCUUAGUUCUACAAAUGGGAAUAUUAACACUUAUGACCCUUCCAACACGGAACAGCAUUUUAAGUUACCGGCAUUCGAAUUACCGGUCUUUAGCGGCGAGGUUGACGCAUUUCCUGCAUUUUGGGAUUUGUUUUCGGCUACGGUUCACAACAACAUCAGUGUUCCGAAAGCCAUUAAGUUUUUGUAUCUAAAAACAUGUCUGAAAGGCGAUGCAGCCAACCUAAUCGCUAAUUUUAAACCCACCGCGGAAAACUACGAAGACGCAGUACGCAUCAUCUUGAACACCUACGAUCGACCAGAAAUCAUAAGAAACAGAUUAUGGGACAGUUUAGUCGACAUGAGUACCUCAUCAGAAUCGGUAAUCGACCAGAGAUCAAAGCUGUGUUCCAUCCAAGCAAUUUGGUCGCAGAUGAAGUCUCUGAAGGAGGACUCAGGUUCGAUGGGAACUAUUAGAACCAUCAUCGCUAAGUUCCCUAAGCGCACACGGGAGAAAGUUGGUGGACUGAAGAAGAGGGAAGAUCCAGUUUGGACAGUAGACGAUAUGUUGAACGCCCUAGACAUAGUCUUGGGACAGUUGGAAUUGAUAGAAGAUACUGAUCCAACAAAGGAUCCCCCUAGUUCGAUCGCUUCUUCGAGUUAUCUAAGUUCACAGUCUCCAUCUAAAACCUCAGAUAGGACCCGCGUUAGUUCCGGUUCCCUAUCCGAGCAGCGAAGAUCGCGCUCACUUAGUCCCAGAACCCUUCGAUCCUCACGAACACCUGUGAGGCAACGUUAUCGCUCUCCUGCAGAUCCCUGUUGUAUCCCUUGUCGUUAUCGAGAACAUCUCACAGAGGUACAAGCUCUGCGAGAGCAUACGGACAUGGACCCAGAACUACGAGCUUGUUGGAAGUAUUUGCAGUCUAAUCAUGGUGGAAGUGAGUGCACAGCUUCUCCAUGUUCUUGUGGUUGUAAACGUCGUCAUCCUUCUCUUUGCGCACAGAGAAGAGAUGUAAUUCAACAUCAUACUCCACGCACACGCUUCCGCAAGAGCCGUAGUCCCCGUAGAAACGAGUAUUCAUCGAGACUAGCUUAUGAACAUCUAUUUCGAGAGUCGUCCCGAGAAUCUCGUCAUCGUCAUCGGUCAGGCAGAAGUCAGAGUUAUUCGCCAGGGUCAUCAUAUAGGCAAACAAGAGGAUUAUCACAUCCGAGACGCGUGAAAUUCGCAGAACAUCAUCGGAAUUCUCCUCUUACAACUCAGAGUUCGGCCUGUCCUACUAGAUCUCGUAAGAUUACCGUAUCAAACAGGAAUACCGACCCAUUACCACCUAAAAAUACUCCUCGUUUGAUGGUAAUCUAUGUUCCUACGGUUAGCUGUAAAACUGGUACUGAACAACUACUCGCAGUCCUUUUGGACAGCGGCGCGCAGUUCAGUUUUAUACGCAAAUCUUUAGCAUUGGAAUUGGGUUUACCUUUCUACCACUCUAAGCACAUCACCACGAUCACCUUCGGAGGACGUUACUUCUCAGGAAUGACAUCGUUAGUCGACCUUAUACUCGUGGACAAGUGUGACGAACCAGUCCUAUUCCAACUUUGGACUAUCGAUACCAUCACUACUGUUCCACACUUGGGAGAUUACAAUGAACCAUCUACUCCCACCGAGAAAGGUCUAAUAGAGAUUGAUGUCCUACUUGGGAUUGAUCACUAUUGGCAGGUCAUAGAGCCUCAAAAUAAUUACCGCUUACCUUCAGGCUUUAUCCUCUCUAAUACGCGAUUCGGUUCUAUUUUAUCCGGAUCCCGUAAGCCUAUGAAGGAAAGGUCAUCCUUUACAGUAGCGUCUGUUUGCAACAUCAAUACGGACGUAGACCUUAGCGGAACGGAAGAGUCAGUUCGAAACCUGCUAGGACUCGAUAUGGUAGCAUUGGAGAACCCAAACGAUGAAUCUCUAGAUGCCGAUGUCAUCAGGCAGUUUUACGAAACGGUCAGGGUCAUAAACGGUUCAAUAUACGUUAAGUUCCCCUGGAAAUCCAAUCAUCCUCAUUUAGGCGAUAAUAAGGCCUUGGCAUUCUGUCGUUUGAAAAAUCAAUAUGAUAGGCUCCACACAAUGCCAUCAGUGUGGCGAGAGUAUUGCCAGACCUUUGAACGACAAUUACAAUCAGGCAUAAUUGAGGACGUUACGGAUUGUACAGAGACUGGCCCUAACCUAUAUUAUAUUCCGCAUCAAGCUGUCUACAAAGAGGAUAGCUCUACCACACGACUACGUAUAGUCUUUGACGCAUCCAGUCAUCAGAGAGAUCAACCUAGUCUCAAUGACUGCCUACAUCAGGGACCGUCCCUUCUUCCAGACCUUGUAGGAACUAUUCUUCGGAAUCGUUUCUAUCCCUAUCUCAUUAUCGCGGACGUAGAAAAAGCGUUUCAUCAGAUCUAUCUCCAUCAGGACCAGAGAGACGCCACUAGAUUUCUUUGGUUGAAGGAUGUCAAUAGGCCUCCAACCACUGAUAAUCUUCGUAUUCUACGCUUUACGCGAGUUCCCUUUGGCAUUAACGCAUCCCCAUUUUUGCUCAAUAUGUCCAUCCGGUAUGCGCUCGAACAAGACCGCGAGAAUCGUCUUAAGGAAGAGAUCCUUGCAAACACAUAUGUGGACAACGUGCUUAUCGGAGCUAAUAGCACCGAAGAAUGCGUUUGGAAGCAAAUGGAAUGCAAAGAGACGUUUCUCCGCAUGAAGAUGAACCUUCGUGAAUUUAUGUCAAACAACAGUCGUCUCAUGCGGCGGAUCCCAGUUGUUGACCGUAUGUCAGAAAAGUGUGGCCCGGUUAAGCUCCUUGGAUUGAAAUGGAAUACGCGUAAAGAUACACUGUCAGUUCCUAUUACCAUCGUGGACGAACCAGUGUACAGCAAACGAACAGCGCUGAAAGCAUACGCUUCUGUUUUUGAUCCGUUAGGAUUGCUUAUCCCCGUUUUAAUCAGAGCAAAGCUGUUUAUUCAAGAACUUUGGAGAAAAGGUCUUUCCUGGGAUGAACAUCUUUCUACGGAGUACACAUCAGAGUGGAAACGUAUCGUUCAGGACAUUGCUGGUUGCCAAAUUGAAGUUCCUCGCUUUGUCGGUCUAGCAUCUGAUAGUACACACGAUAUCGUGAUCUGUACAGAUGCUUCGCAGUCGGUUUAUGCAGUAGCCGUUUACGUUGUAAGUCGAUCAUCUACUGCAGAGCCAAGUUCCACCUUACUUUAUGCGAAGGCAAAGGUAGCUCCACCUGGCGCGGUUACCAUCCCGCGAAUGGAGUUAUUAGCUUGCCAUAUGGCCGCUAGAGUGAUUCGUUUUUUGCGCAGUCAGCUUAACAUCUUACUCCACUCGAUUAGAGUCUUAACAGACUCGCAGAUUGCUCUGUAUUGGAUCCACUCGUCUAAACCGUUGAAGACCUUUGUAGCGAAUAGAGUUAAGUACAUUCAUGAAGUACUUGACGAAUUACGAUCUGCGAAGAUUGAAUGCGGAUUCUAUUACAUCUCAACAGCAGACAAUCCAGCAGAUUGCGCUACACGCGGUUUAACAGCCACUGAAAUUAAGAACCAUAGGUGGUGGAGUGGACCAUCUUUUAUAACAUCAAAAUUUCCUAAUUGGCCUCACAAAUCUGUAUUGUAUGCGGUACAGCCACCUUCGAGUAAAGCCCUCGAAGAGCUUAAGGUAGUUAGUACGGUGCAAAUCUGUUCUUCCAAUUCCUUUGUACCAUAUCACCGAACUAACUCCUUUGACCGUCUCAUUCGUAUUAUCGCUUACGUUUUGAAAUAUCUAUCUAAGCUUUACCGCUUAGCACGUAACAAACGAAAGCACUAUACGAAUGAAUCCCCUAUACUCAGUAAAGUUAAUGCCAAUCCCUUUAUAACCCUAAAGGAUUGUUCAUUAGCCGAGUAUCUCGUGAUCCGACAACAUUAUCGCGAAGAUGCAGAAAAUCUGAACAACCUUGUCCUUAGGAAGUUUCGCACAGAAAAGGACGAGUAUGGGAUGAUCCGAGUAAGUAUGCGUAUGGCACAUGCUGAGAUCGAUGAGAAAGCGAAAAGACCAGUUCUGAUUUUGCAUACUCAUCCUCUUAGCACUAUGAUAGUCAGUAACUAUCACCAUAAGCUGUUACAUGCUGGAUCAUCGCACCUUGUUUCAGCUCUGCGCCGAAAAUAUUUUAUAACCCGCGUGAAACGCCUUGCGAACAUGUGCAUUGAGAAAUGUGUCGUAUGUAAACGUCAUCAAGGUCGUUUCUACCCUUACCCUGAUCCCCCUGACCUACCCAGUAUUAGAGUAGUACGCAGUCGUCCAUUCCAACAUGUAGGGCUAGACUAUUUUGGUCCCAUUUUAGUUCACCUCCAUCAGGAAGGUUUUAGACGUAAAGUUUGGGUUUGCUUGUUCACUUGUAUGUCAACCCGUGCCUUGCACCUCGAAGUGGCCAACGAUAACUCAACUGCACAGUUCUUACUAGCUUUUCGAAGAUUCAUGGCUCGUAGAGGAACACCGGACUCUGUCCUUAGUGACAACGCGCCAACGUUUAAGCUAGGGAAAGAAAUCUUCACGAACGAACUAAUGGGAUUCGAACAAGACGCUUUGGUGCGAAAAUUUUCGCUAGAUAACGGUUUCAAAUGGAGUUUUAUUACACCUUAUUCGCCAUGGAAAGGAGGUAUCUAUGAGCGAUUAGUCGGAUCUGUGAAAGCUUGUCUGAAGAAGACAAUGCUGAAGCGGAUUCUCGACUUACGGACGUUUGAGACCGUAUUAUUCGAGAUCGAGGCCAUUCUUAACACCAGGCCACUUAUUCCGAUUACCUCCAGUGACCCGGACGAAGACAUUGUGCUCAGGCCAAUUGACCUGAUCAACCCGUAUUUCCGUAUUGGUCGACUUAAGGACAUCACACCAUUACGGUACGACGUCACGGCGAAUGAACACCACAAUUCGAUAAUUGAGCAUUACCAGGAGUUUCGAGAGAUAUUAGAUCACUUUUGGAACCUCUGGCAUAAAGAAUAUCUUGCAUUGCUUGCAGAACGAAAUGCAUCAAGAUCAAAAUGCAGGCAGUAUGCACGAAAAAGCCCGAAAAUCGGAGACGUAGUGAUAAUUCGCCAGGAAAAUAUCCCGAGAUCCAACUGGCCGUUGGGUCUCAUACUUCAAUUGAACACCUCGAAAGACGGGAUGUCCAGAUCGGCACGAAUACGAACAGGAAAAAAGACAAUAGUGGAACGCUCGAUCAAACAUCUUGUUCCCUUGGAGAUCACCGCAGAAGAUGUCAGUUCGAUCAAUCAAUCUAAAAGAUCAUUGACACCUACGCGUGUUCAACCGCCAAGGGCAGUUAAACGGUCAUUAUCAACAUAG